ACUGAAAGCAAUGGCCAAAGAAGAAGGCAUCAGUACCAGAUCCACCCUGUGGUAUCUAGUGUUUGUGGGCUUUGCCGUGAACUACAUGAUCCGCAUCAACACCAACAUCACGAUCGUGGCGAUGAUCAAACAAUCGGACACAGAGUUUGUCGGUGAGGUGAAGGUAGACUACGCCUGCUACGUUCCAGCGGGCAACAGCACCGGCCUGACCGAGUUGACAACGGUGGGCCAAGAAUCGCGCAGCUUACUACGAUCGCGCGAAGGUCGUAUCAUUUCACCGGAACAGUUGCUGCUCUCAUUCUUCAACCUAGACCCACAGAAGGAAGGUUUCGAAUGGAACGACUAUCAGCAGGGUUUGAUUCUCGGGGCAUUCUACUGGCUGCACUGGAUCACGCAAAUACCGGGAGGAAUUCUGGCCCGACGGUAUGGUACGAAGUUGGUGUUUGGGGCGAGUAAUGUGAUCGGAUGCUGGAUGUGUUUCCUGAUGCCGAUCGCUUCCUAUUGGGACUUUCGGGUGUUGGUUGUCCUGCGUGUCCUGCAAGGACUCAUAUGCGGUCUCGCUUGGCCAGCGAUGCAUCAUAUGGCGGGCCAAUGGAUACCACCGAACGAACGCAGCAAGUUCGUGACGGCCUACCUAGGCAGCUCGGUCGGAGUCGCACUCAACUUCCCACUCUUCGGGUACAUCAUCUCGUGGACAUCCUGGGAGUAUGUGUAUCACUUCUGCGGCAUCUUCGGUACCGUGUGGUACGCAGCGUGGCUGUACUUCGUAUACGACUCCCCGGCCGAACAUCCUCGCAUCCAUCCGAACGAACGGAAGUACAUCGAAAGUUCGCUCGGCAUCACGGAACAGUCGGCCGGACGUCGGGAACUGCAGGACGAACAGCGUACCCCCUGGAAGCGCAUCAUCCUCUCCAAGGCGAUGUGGAUGACGGUGAUCGCCCAGUGGGGCGGCAUCUGGGGACUGUUUACGCUCAUGACACAAGCCCCAACGUACUUCAACAAUGUGCACGGUUGGAACAUCGAGAUGACCGGGUUGCUUUCGGGCAUUCCGCACCUUUGUCGCAUGCUGUUUGCGUACGCAUUCUCCAUCGUAGGUGAUCAUCUGCUAAAGCACGAGCUAAUGUCCCGGACCGGUGUGCGCAAGAUGGGCGGAACACUGUGCUGCGUGGUGAACGGCAUAUUCGUGUUCGUGCUCGCUUACAGUGGCUGUAACUCGCUAAUGGCUACCAUCUUCCUUACGCUUGCAACGACCGUCCAUGGGGCGGUUUCCACCGGUCCACUGGCAAACCUUGUCGACAUGAGCCCUCGGUAUGCAGGGAUUUUGCUUGGGUUUAGCGGUAUGAUCACCGUAGUGCCCGGAUUCGUAUCGCCCAUCAUUGUUGGAAUGCUUGGAAAUCACACCGUGGAACAGUGGAGGAUCAUUUUUCUCAUCACUUCCGGCACACUGAUUAUCUGCGGUCUGCUCUACAUGGCUUUUGCCGACUCGACGCAACAGCCGUGGAACUCUUGUGACGGUUUAUCCAGCACGUCCGGUAGCAUUCAGGAAGAUGAACUGAAAGGACUUAAGACAUCCGAUCGGGAGGCGUAUAUAAAUGAAUCCAAAGAAGAAAAGCUGCAAAUAGAUCCCAAAGUGGACGAUACCGAUGUCGUACGUUUAAGCUCAGUAUAG